CGUUACGAUGUAAACCCGCUUUACUGAGGCCUUUUUAUACCUCUCUUCCUCCCUGUAGGGACUCUUGGUCUCCGAAAACGGAGCGAUAUAUAUAUAUAUCUAUGGGCGGCGGAGAACAGUCAGAGAUGGCGCAGAGACAGCCUGGUUUCUUGGUUCAUGAAGACGCGUCCAAUUCUCUCUUGCAGAACAGUCGCUGCUGCUUCUGUUUCCCUCGUUUUGGUAGUUCGCACCGUUCCUCCACCGACGUCCCCUUUUGGGAGCGCAUACGGGUAUCCCAGAUUGAAUCUGGAAACAACUUAUGGGCCCGAGGGAUUAGAGCCUUCAAGAAGAUUCGCGAAUGGUCGGAAAUCGUCGCUGGUCCCCGCUGGAAGACUUUCAUCCGGAGAUUCAACAGGAAUAGGAGCGGCGGCGGCAGCGGCAGUAAUAGGAACGGGAAAUUCCAGUACGAUCCUUUGAGUUACGCUCUGAACUUCGACGAGGGGCCUGGACAGAUUGGGAAUUUCGACGAGGACGAAGAGCACGGCGGGUUUCACGCUUUCUCGACCAGGUACGCAGCGGUUCCGGGUUCUGCGACGGUCAAGGCUUCGGCGUCGCCGACGUCAUCGUCUUUGGAUAUUCGGAAGGACGUUUCCGUGUUUGGCUGAAAAAUAAAAUAAAAUAAAAAAUAAAAAGGAGAAUAUCGCCGUUGUAAACAAAACGCGUCGUUUCAAUCGAGGCGGGUGUCUCGUGAGCCGGACUGUCUGACUUUGAUUGGUUGACGUUAACGGCGGCGUUCCUAGUAGCUUCUUUUCAUUUAGAUUAAUUUUAUCAGUUUUAUUUUUAUUUUCAUGAUGCUAUAAAUAUUUGGAAUAAUAGUUUUUUUUAAAAUUUUUUUUUCUGAUAGUGAAGGGUGAGGUUGAUGCGUGUACAACAAAAAUUAAAGCAAGUUUAGGAUUGGUAAUUAAAUUAUUUCAUUAUUUGAGGGUUUCUUGUGGGCAACAAUGGCGUGGGAUAAGGAUGUGUGUAAAUGUUUUGAGUGAUUUAGUGGACUAUAUUUUUGAAACUUUGUUGUUAAUGGCUGACCUUGUGUUCUUUU